ACCAGCGCUGAGGUCUGCAUCACUGAGGACGGGCUAAGGAGGCAGGAGGGUUGACAGUGGUGUCCAGCAGCCUCCCAGGCCUCUUGGAGUGUCUGCUCCCUAUCUCUCCAAGGAUGGGUCUCCAGAGCCUCCCUCUGGGGCUCCUGCUUGGCUCUGUGCUGCUGGUGGCCUCUGCCCCAGCCACCCCAGAGCCUCAGGGCUGCAGCAACAAGGACCAGCAGGUCACUGUCAGCCACACUUACAAGAUCGACGUUCCCAAGUCUGCCCUGAUCCAGGUGGAGGCCGACCCGCAGUCCCUCAGUGAUGAUGGGACUUCACUCAUGGCCAUGGGGGAGGCUGGGGAAGAGCAGAACUUCAUCUUCAGGCACAACAUUCGCCUUCAGACACCUCAGAAAGACUGUGACUUGGCAGACAGUGUCCAGGACCUCCUAGCCCGGGUAAAGAAGCUGGAGGAAGAGAUGGCAGAAAUGAAGGAGCAGUGUGCUCAGCGCUGCUGCCAAGGAGCUGCUGAUCUGGGCCGCCACUGCAGUGGCCACGGCACCUUCUUCCCGGAGAGCUGCAGCUGCCACUGUGAGCCGGGCUGGGAGGGCGCCGACUGCGAGCUGCCCACGUGCCCGGCGGCGUGCAGCGGCCACGGGCGCUGCGUGGACGGGCGCUGCGUGUGCGACGAGCCCUACGUGGGGGCCGACUGCGCCUACCCCGCCUGCCCCCAGGACUGCAGCGGACACGGCGUGUGCGUGCAGGGCGUGUGCCAGUGCCACGAGGACUUCACGUCGGAGGACUGCAGUGAGCUGCGCUGCCCCGCAGACUGCAGCGGCCACGGCUUCUGCGACACCGGCGAGUGCUACUGCCAGCCGGGCUUCACGGGCCUCGACUGCUCCCAGGUGGUGCCACCUCAGGGCCUGCAGCUGCUCAAGAGCACAGAGCACUCCCUGCUGGUGAGCUGGGAGCCCACCAGUGAUGUGGACCACUACCUGCUCAGCUACUAUCCCCUGGGGAAGGAGCCCUCUACCAAGCAGAUCCAAGUGCCCAAGGAGCAGCACAGCUAUGAGAUCCCUGGCUUGAUGCCUGGGACUAAGUACAUCAUCACCCUGCGCAACGUGAAGAAAGACAUAACCAGCAGCCCUCAGCACCUGCUGGCCACCACUGAUCUUGCUGUGGUAGGCACUGCCUGGGUAACAGAAGAGACGGAGACCUCCCUCGAUGUGGAGUGGGAGAACCCCCUGACUGAUGUGGACUACUACAAGCUACAGUAUGGCCCCUUGACAGGGCAGGAGGUGGCCGAGGUCAACGUGCCCAAGAGCCGUGACCCCAAGAGUCGAUAUGACAUCACGGGUCUGAAGCCUGGGACUGACUAUAAGAUCACAGUUGUCCCCAUGAGAGGAGGCCUGGAAGGCAAGCCGAUUCUUCUGAAUGGCAGGACUGAAAUCGAUGGUCCAACAAAUGUGGUCACUAAUCAAGUGACGGAAGACUCAGCAGCAGUCUCCUGGAACCCCGUGAGGGCUGAUAUCGACAAGUAUGUGGUGCGCUACAUCUCUCCUGAUGGGGAGGCCAAGGAAAAGGCAGUGCCCAAGGACCAGAGCAGCACUGUCCUGACCGGCCUGAAACCAGGAGAGGCCUACAAGGUCUUCGUGUGGGCUGAGAGGGGCAACCAGGGGAGCAAGAAGGCAGACACCAAGGCUCUCACAGAACUUGACAGCCCAGCAAACCUGGUGACUGACCGGGUGACAGAGAACACGGCCACUGUCUCCUGGGACCCAGUGGAGGCUGACAUCGACAGGUAUGUGGUGAGCUACACCUCUGUUGAUGGAGAGACAGAGGAGGUUCCAGUGGAGAAGGAGAAGAGCAGCACCGUCCUGACAGGCCUGAGGCCAGGAGUGGAGUACAAAGUCUAUGUGUGGGCCCAGAAAGGGGACAGAGAGAGCAAGAAGGCCAACACCAAGGCCCCCACAGAUAUUGACAGUCCCAAAAACUUGGUGACUGACCGGGUGACAGAGAAUACAAUCAGUGUCUCUUGGGAGCCUGUGCAGGCCAACAUUGACAGGUAUGUGGUGAGCUACACCUCUGCUGAUGGAGAGAUAAAGGAGGUUCCAGUGGGAAAGGAGAAGACCAGCACCAUCCUGACAGGCCUGAGGCCAGGCAUGGAGUACAAGGUCCACGUGUGGGCCCAGAAAGGGAGCCAGGACAGCAGGAAGGCCAACACCAAGGCCCCCACAGACAUUGACAGCCCCAAAAACUUGAUGACUAAGCAGGUGACAGAGAACACGGCCACUGUCUCCUGGGACCCAGUGGAGGCCGACAUUGAUAGAUAUGUGGUGCGCUACACCUCUGCUGAUGGAGAGACCAGGGAGGUUCCAGUGGGGAAAGAGAAGACCAGCACUGUCCUGACAGGCCUGAGGCCAGGAGUGGAGUACAAGUUCGAUGUGUGGGCCCAGAAGGGGGCCAGGGAAAGCAGGAAGGCCAACACCAAGGCUCCCACAGACAUUGACAGCCCCAAAAACUUGAUGACUAAGCAGGUGACAGAGAACACGGCCACUCUCUCCUGGGACCCAGUGGAGGCUGACAUUGAUAGGUAUGUGGUGCGCUACACCUCUGCUGAUGGAGAGACCAAGGAGGUUCCAGUGGGGAAGAGGACCAGCACUGUCCUAACAGACCUAAGGCCAGGAGUGGAGUACAAGUUCGAUGUGUGGGCCCAGAAGGGGGCCAGGGAGAGCAGGAAGGCCAACACCAAGGCUCCCACAGACAUUGACAGCCCGAAAAACUUGGUCACUGAGCAGGUGACAGAGAAUACAGCCACUGUCUCCUGGGACCCGGUAGAGGCUGACAUUGACAGAUAUGUGGUGCGCUAUACCUCUGUUGAUGGAGAGACCAAGGAACUUCUGGUUGGGAAAGAUCAACACAGCACCAUCCUGACAGGCAUGAGACCUGGUGUGGACUACAUAUUUGAAGUGUGGGCCCAGAAAGGGUCUCGGGAGAGCAAGAAAGCCACCACUAAGGCCCCUACAGACAUUGAUGGCCCUAAAAAUCUGGUGACUGAUCAAGUGACAGAGAACACGGCCACUGUCUCUUGGGACCCAGUGGAGGCUGAAAUUGAUAGGUAUGUGGUACGCUAUACUUCUGUGGACGGAGAGACCUGGGAGGUUCCAGUGGAGAAGGAGAAGAGCAGCACCAUCCUGACAGGCUUGAGGCCGGGAGUGGAGUACAAGUUUGAUGUGUGGGCCCAGAAAGGGAUCCAAGAGAGCAGGAAGGCCAGCACCAAGGCCCCCACAGACAUUGACAGUCCCAAAAACCUGGUGACUAAGCAGGUGACAGAGAACAGUGCCACUGUCUCCUGGGACCCCGUGGAGGCUGACAUUGAUAGGUACGUGGUGCGCUACACCUCUGCCGAUGGAGAUACCAGGGAAUUUCUGAUUGGGAAGGAUGAAAGGAGCACCGUCCUGACAGGCCUGAGGCCAGGAGUGGAGUACAAGUUCGAUGUGUGGGCCCAGAAGGGGGCCAGGGAGAGCAGGAAGGCCAGCACCAAGGCUCCCACAGACAUUGACAGUCCCAAAAACCUGGUGACCAACCAAGUGACAGAGAACACAGCCACCAUCUCCUGGGACCCAGUACAGGCAGACAUUGACAGGUACAUGGUGCGCUACACCUCUGCUGAUGGAGAGACCAGGGAGAUUCCAGUGAGGAAGGAGAAGAGCAGCACCGUCCUGACAGGCCUGAGGCCAGGCGUGGACUACACAGUGCAUGUGUGGGCCCAGAAAGGGUCCCGGCAGAGCAAGAAGGCUGACACCAAGUCUCCCACAGAAAUUGACAGCCCCAAAAACUUGGUGACUAACCGAGUGACAGAGACAACAGCCACCAUCUCCUGGGAGCCAGUGCGAGCCAAUAUCGACAGAUACAUGGUGCGCUACACCUCUGCCGACGGAGAGACCCGGGAAGCUCCAGUGUCAAAGGAUCGGAGCAGCACCGUCCUCACAGGCCUGAGGCCAGGCGUGGAGUACACAGUUCACGUGUGGGCCAAGAAGGGAGCCCGGGAGAGCAAGAAGGCAGACACAAAGGCCUUGACAGAUAUAGACCCUCCCAGGAACUUCCGUCCAUUUGGUGUAACACAUUCUGGUGGGGUGUUGACCUGGAUGGCCCCCACAGCCCAGAUUGAUGGCUAUAUUCUCACCUACCAGUUUCCAAAUGGGACCGUGAAGGAGGUGAGGCUCCAAGGAGGCGAGCAGAGGCUUGAGUUGCAAGGCCUGGAGCAGGGUGUCACCUACCCUGCCUCUUUGGUCGCCUUUAAGGGUGAUCGUCGAAGCAAGAGUGUGUCCACCACCCUCUCCACAGUUGAUGCCCGUUUCCCACACCCCUCGGACUGCACUCAGGUUCAGCAGAACAGCAACGCUGCCAGCGGCCUCUACACCAUUUACCUCAAUGGCGAUGCCAGCCGGCCCAUGCAGGUGUACUGUGACAUGGACACAGAUGGAGGCGGCUGGAUUGUCUUCCAGAGGCGGAACACUGGGCAGCUGGAUUUCUUCAAGCGUUGGCGGAGCUAUGUGGAAGGCUUUGGGGAUCCCAUGAAGGAGUUCUGGCUUGGCCUUGACAAGCUGCACAAUCUCACCACUGGCACUCCUACCCGGUAUGAGGUCAGGGCAGAUUUACAGACUUUCAAUGAAUCUGCCUACGCUGUAUAUGAUUUCUUCCAAGUGGCCUCCAGCAAGGAACGAUAUAAGCUGUCAGUUGGGAAAUACAGAGGCACAGCAGGAGAUGCCCUCACUUACCACAAUGGAUGGAAGUUCACAACUUUUGACAGAGACAAUGAUAUUGCCCUCAGCAACUGUGCCCUGACACAUCAUGGUGGCUGGUGGUAUAAGAACUGCCACUUGGCCAACCCCAAUGGCAAAUACGGGGAGACCAAGCAUAGUGAGGGGGUGAACUGGGAGCCAUGGAAAGGACAUGAAUUCUCCAUUCCUUAUGUGGAACUGAAAAUCCGUCCUCAUGGCUACAGUCGGGGUCGUUUCUCUGGCAGAAAGAAGCGGUCACUUGGAGGAAAGAUGAAAAUGUUCUGAAGAUAUCCAUGAGCAAUCUUUGUAGGAGCAGCUGGGGUUGGGACUGGGCUGUGUAAACUUGGGGUGGGCGGGCGACGGUGGCUGGGUACUGAGGUUGCUCCAAGCUUCUAGUUUCUGAGAUGGAGAGACUGUCCACAGAACACAUAUUGUCACCAUGCUUUCAAUCUUAGAGGUCUCUCAUGUCACACUUAGCCCAUCUCUACUGGGAGGAGGGACUGCAAAUCAAUAAUAUCAUAGCAGCAUGGGUGGAUGAAGGGACAAUAUUGGAACUGCAAGGUUUCCCAGCCAUAGAUAGAUUAGAUUAGGGGGAAAUAUGAAUCACUUAGCACCUCACCAAUUAGAAAGCUCUAGAAAUGGAUGUUUAGAUAUAAAACUCUGCUAAGACAGAUCCUUCUAGAAAGAAGAACCAAAUAUUCAGGAGCCAAGGCUAAGGCAACCUGACACAUGUUGCUCCAGCUACAAUCCCCAGGUUUUGAGGGAAAAUGUGUCAAUCCUACCCCUUUGUAAUUGCUGGCAUUAUGAGGAAGAAUAGAAGGACUGAAAUGCCUAUUUAGCUCAGUUCCCACUACUAUUCAGCAUGUUGGAAACCAAGGCUCCUCUAUUAUUGCUAUCAUUAACUGCCCCACCUUUAGCCAUUGCAUUGUCACUUUCAAAGAUCUUCAUAUGUUGUAAAUAAAUUGCUGUUCACACCGACUUUAAAUCAUUUGGUUCUGUUAAAUAACUGGCACUACUCAGCCUCUUCCCUGACUCCCCUUCAUGUGCCUUUCUUUGGGGUUCCACACUGCUGAACCCCUAGGUUUUCUAAGCCACACACUGUGUGGUCAUUAGCCUGGACUCUUGGCAUAUCAGAUCCUUCCUGAUUAUGUGUUAUCACUUUGGAAAGUUUCUAUAGUCAAGUCAGCGAAGUACUUAAAAUUCCUAUUCAAGAAAAAUAAACCGCCAAU